UGGAGUCCUUCAUUGCACACUGCAUUCAAAGUUCUCCUGUCUGCUCGACUCAGUUCAGCCAUUUGGAGCAACAUCUCUGAUUGCGAUGAGACCUACAAUUAUUGGGAACCUACCCACUUUUUACUGCACAAUUACGGAUUUCAAACGUGGGAAUACUCUCCUGCCUAUGCAAUCAGAUCAUAUGCUUAUCUCUGGCUCUAUGCUUGGCCUCUUAAACUAAUUGAACAUUUUUUAAAAUAUGACAAGGUAGUGCAGUUCAUUGUCUUGAGGUGUUUCCUGGCAAUCGUUUGUGUCAUCUGUGAAACUUUCUUCUACAAAUCCAUCCAGUAUAAAUAUGGCAACAACAUAAGCAGAUUAUGCCUCCUGGUAAUGAUGUUUAGCCCAGGAAUGUUCAUAUCAUCAACUGCUUUCCUGCCUAGCUCGUUCACCAUGUACACGACCAUGUUGUCGUGGUCUUGUUGGUGGUGCUUCCAUUCAUAUGCACUCUCCAUAUUCUUCGUUGCUUUUGGCUCUCUGCUAGGCUGGCCUUUUGCAGUUGCAUUGGGUGUGCCAAUUGCGUUUGAUAUGGUAUUUCUUCAGAGAAAAGUUUUGAAAUUUGUCUUUUGGUCCAUAGUAGCUUUGAUUCUUUGUCUGACUCCUUUGAUCCUAAUUGAUUCAUAUUACUAUGGCAAGUUGGUUGUGGCUCCAUUCAACAUAAUUCUGUACAAUGUAUUCAGUGAACAUGGCCCUGAUCUGUAUGGUGUUGAGCCCUGGACUUUCUACUUUUUCAAUUCCUUCUUAAAUUUCAACUUUGCAUUUCCUCUGGCCUUAAUUUCUCUGCCUAUUUUGGUUGGUGAACUUUUUUAUUUAAUAACUUUAAAAAAUUAUCAAGCUUUUAAUUUGUUGACAUUUUUUCAUACAUCAAUACUAGGCAUGUACAUCUGGAUUGCUGUCUUUUUCACCAGACCUCAUAAAGAAGAACGAUUUCUUUUUCCAAUGUAUCCUUUGAUAUGUCUGUGUGCUGCUAUUACAAUUGACUACAUUCAGGUCAGUGCUUCUUUUAAUACAAUAUUAAGUUGCUUACUGUUAUUAUUUUUCUUUCGCGCUUUCAAGAAUAUUUUCCCUUCACAAUGGUUUGCAGUUGGCUUUCAGAUUCUUCUUUUUGUCGUUAUUUUAUUAAUAAUUUUGUUUUUUAACAAAGGUUAUCAUGCUCCUCUGAAAAUUUAUUCAAAUUUGAACAAGUUGUUACUGGAAAAUAAAUUUACAUGGAUUAGCAAGCAUGGUGACAAAAAAACAAGCAAUCAAAAUAUACUCAAUAUUUGUGUUGGCAAGGAAUGGUACCGAUUUCCCAGUCACUUUUUUCUUCCUAACAACUCUCGUUUGAAAUUUUUAAAAUCGGAAUUCAAGGGACAAUUACCUAACGAAUAUUCAACAGACGCGAAUGCAACAAUGAUUAUCCCUACUAACAUGAACGAUAUGAAUUUAGAAGAAGUCGAUAGAUAUGUGCAGUUAUCAGCAUGUCAUUUCUUAAUUGAUGUAGACAAUAAUAAAAAUACCAAGUUAGAACCCAAUUACGCAAAAGCUACUGACAGAUGGAAAAUAAUAUUCAGCGAAUCGUUCCUGGAUUCUGCAAAAUCAGACGCAUUAUUCAGGGCAUUUUACAUUCCCUUCAUCUCCGGUCGACGUGUGACGUACAAUAAUUACGUUGCUCUUAUGUCAACUAUGCUUAGGAGAUUAUAA